CAGCUGAACAGAAUAAGGUUGGGCAGGAGAGCCAGACUAGGAGAAUGCUGGCAGGAAGAAGGGCAGACUGAGGAGUUGCCAGCCUGAUGCUCAGGAAGCAGGACGUGUAGAAAAUGAGGUAACAAGCCAUGAGCCCUGUGGUAGAGAGUAGCAGUGACGAAGCACCGCUCGGUCCACUCACCAGCUUGCCAAUGAUCCAGCUCAUAGUCAGCCCCUCAAAUGCGCUUGUGGAUGAACCCGUGUCCAUCCGAGCAACUGGUCUGCCUCCAUUGCAGAUAGUGACCAUCAAGGCAACACUGAAGGAUGAGAAGGAGAAUCUGUUCCAAUCCAGAGCCUUCUACAAGUCCAAUGAGGCUGGAGAGGUGGACCUGGAACGGGCAGCAGCCUUGGGGGGUGACUAUGUAGGAGUUCAUUCAAUGGGCCUCUUUUGGUCUCUGAAGCCCAAGCGGCCUUUUCAGCGGCUGAUGAAGAAAGAGGUGAUGAACAGCCCAUUUUGUAUCACUCUUGACCUGUAUGACUCUGUUUGCUUGCAAGAUUCAGCCACAACUAGACCCAAGGCCAGUCAGAUAGUGCAGCGCUGGUUUGUAGGCCCUGGGGUUCAGAGGAAGCAGAUCCGAGAAGGUCGCAUACGAGGAGCCCUUUUUCUCCCUCCAGGAGAAGGUCCUUUCCCAGGAAUUAUUGACUUGUUCGGAAUUAUUGGAGGUCUAAUUGAAUUCCGUGCCAGUCUUUUGGCUUCCCACGGCUUUGCAGUGCUGGCAUUAGCAUACUUUGCCUAUGAAGACCUGCCUGACAAAUUGCUGGAGACCGACUUGGAGUAUUUUGAAGAAGCUGCUGAUUUCCUACUAGCUCAUCCCAAGAUCCAACAACCAGGAAUUGGUGUGAUCUCCGUGUGCAAAGGUGCAGAGAUCGGGCUGGCCAUGGCCUGCUAUCUGAAACAGGUGGUUGCCACUGUCUGUAUCAAUGGGCCCAAUGCCAUCGUAGGAUUUCCACUAAGGUAUCGGGAUCUUGUUGUGCCACCCAGCCAAUGGAUUCUGGAACACAUCCAAGUUCAUGCUUCAGGGGCUGUACAACUCCGUCCCUUUAUAGAUGACCCCAUGAAUAGGUUGACCCCACAGAGUAUACUUCCUGUAGAAAAAGCCCGAGGGUGGAUCCUCUUCAUUGUAGGAGAGAAUGAUGAAUGUUUGGAUAGCAAGGCAUAUGCACAAGGGGCUAUGAACCAGCUCCAGAGCCAUGGGAGAAGCAAUGGAAGGAUGCUGGCAUACCCUGGGGCAGGUCACCUCAUAGAGCCACCCUAUUCUCCCUGUUGCUUUGCAUCCUGGACCUCUGACUCAGCUAACCCAUUGCUUUGGGGAGGAGAUUCCAUUGCUCAUGCAGCAGCCCAGGAACACUCAUGGAGAGAGAUCCAGAAGUUCUUCAGGCAACACCUUUCUGCAUCUAGAAGCAAACUCUGAGCAAAGGGUGUGACCAUGCCCUGGUAGGGGUCAGGAAGUGAGUCAGAGAAGAGAUUGGAAUUUGUGUGAGAAUAAUAGCAAAUUGGUUAGGGAUUGGAGGGUAGGGAUGGGGAACAGUAUUCCUUACAUCACCUUUAUUUCCAUUCAACUGGAAGAAAAUGAGACGAAAGACCAGGACACAUGUGCAUCUGAGGUGUUUCUCACAGGUUUGCAUGUGGUUUGAAAUUUUAUAGAUUAAAUUUAAUUUAUAUUUUGGAAUAUAUUAGUAUUCAGAAGUUAUGAUAUUCUUGCAAACUGAUAAACACUCUUUAUAUAUAUACAGUUAAGGAUUCAUUUGAUCUAGGUAUUUCCAACUCAAAAUGAAGUCUCUAAAACUGCCAACUUCUUUCUAGUACAUUCUCUUUUAAGCUGUUUUAAGUUGGAUUUCUGUUGCUUGUAAUGAACAUUCUAGCAUGUCAAGCAUAAUGCUUGCUGGAGAUAUCAAGAAGAUAGCUUUUUUUUUUAAAAAAAAAAUAGGAUGCUUCUCUUUAUUCUAGGUAUAUCAGAGUCAACUCUUCUGCUUUUUCUAGUGAGUUUCUCUAUGGUUUCAUGAUGCUUUCCUCUUCCGUUCUCCUGGUCUGGUGAGUCUCGUCAUCAGUCAUUACUUCUGUAUGUUCAUUUAGUUUGAAUAGAUGAAAUUCUUGCCUUGAUUAACAAGGAUGCUUAAGUUUCUUUUGGACUCAAUGCCACCAUUUAUAUUUCUACAGAAUCUCACUUGUUUUCUAGAACAUGCUUUCUUCAUAUUUCAUUUUUACAUAGAUUACUGUUUAUCUGUUUCCUUUUCUCUCCUAGUCUGACUCACAAAGCUAUUUUCCUAUCUGACUUAUCUUUUCAAAUGGUGACUUUUGCUUCACGUAUUGGUUAAAUCUUUUAAAAUGUGUUUGUUAGUUUAUUAUGUUUUAAGUUAAAAUAAAUUCAUGCUCCUGUCUUUCUUUUUUUGUUGUUUGCUUGUUUUUUGGUUGUUGUUGUUUCUGAUAUGUGGUAUUCUCUCUCUUUUUUUUCUACUUUCUGUUCCUCUUUGACACAAAGAUAGUUUUACUAAAGUAUAAAAGGCCAUAGUGUAGAAGGGGCAAGAGAGGAGGAGGAAUGUCACUCUGCGACGGGAGGAUCAAAUGGGCCCUACCCAGAGACACCACUCACACUGGUCAGUAAAAAAGGACAGUUUGACAUGAUGGACUUCAUGGAAGGAGGUUAUGGGUAUUGAUGAUGCUACUAAUAGCCAGUCCUUACAGCAUGUUGAACUUUAGCCUAAUUAAGCCUUUGAUCAUUUACCAGCGUUGCGGCAGGAAAGCAAGUUAAUUGUCACCACGAGUAAACAAGUCUAAACUGCAAGAUAUUAUGUGGGUCAAGUGUUAUAGAACUUCAGCAAUUAAUUUCAUGGGUACCACUGAGUUAGGCUAGGAAGAUUAAGUCCAGGACUAUAGAAGACUUUAAAUAAUGCUCCGAAAGGCCUUUAUCUAAGCAGAGUGAUUGUAAAAAGAAAUUGGGGGGGGGGGGAAUAAGUUAAACAUUCGUUUAAUAGCUAACAGUGACAUUAGUGCAAUGUUUUUUUGUAUAUGUUAGAUCAUGGCCUGCCACUUUAAGCCUCUGUUCACUCAAAGAGGCCAAGUCCCCAGCCUGGAAAAAUCAGGCCCCCACCUAUUGAAGCCCUACAUACUUCUUGCCUCUAUCCUCUCUACCUCUGUAACAGGUAGUUAAGACUGCAUGGCCUCAGGCCUGCCCACUGCUCCUCUCCCUGCUCCCACACCCCUCCUCUCUGUAACAGACAAUUAAGAAGUUCUAAGCCUCACAGUCCCUCACCCCCAAAACUGCAGGAGAGGCUUAGUACUACUGGGUACUAAGCACAUAGGCUACGGGUGAAAUGUUGCAUGAAUUAAGUCACAUGGAAUAACAGUUGUGUCCUCCACAACUUAGGAAAACCAGGGUAGCUCUUUGUUUGGGGGAUUUAUAUGGAACAUUGCCCAUCGAUAACAGGGUAUCUCUCUGUUAGCAUAAGCUGGCCCUCUUUAGUAAAGCGCCUCUUGAGGUUUUAACUGAAAGCAAACCUCCCUUGUCCUCUCUGCUAAUGUAGUUCAUUUCUGAAGGUAAUUUUAUUUCUGCUCUUUUUUGUAAACCUGCCACUCCUUGAGCCCCAAUAAUAUGUAUUUAUUCAGGAAUUAUCAUACCAGGCUAAUUUAAAUAUCACCUCACAUACUGAUGAUGUUUUUGUAUUGAAUCUGUUCUCUUUGUGAUUUUGAAAUACAAGAAUGUUAUUAUUAACUAUGGUCAUUACGUUGUUGAAAAUAUCUCAUAAUUACGUUUUUGUCUAAUUCAUAUAUUGAAGUCAUUAUUUUUCAUUACUCCAUAGAAUAACUUGAAUAUGACCCAUGUCUUCCCAGAGUAAUUUGAAUAUAAAUUAAUAUUAAAUGGUAUCAAGAAAUGACACUAAGAAAUUGUUAUGGCACUGUUGUGAUGAUGGUUAUUAUGGUUACAUAAAAGUUUAGAGACUUAUAUUGAAGUAAUCAGCAGCGGCCAGUUUUGAUAUGUGGAUAUUAUUAUAGGAGUCAGAAAUAUUGCAAAAAUCAAAAUUACUGCAAAAGACUUUGGAUGGUGUCUUGAAUAAGCUCUGCUAUAAUAUUCUAUUUGCCUUUGUGUAUGCCUGCACAUUUUUCAUAAUAAAGAGCUGAAAAUUUUA